AUGUCCUACGAGGAGCGCGCCAACGCGCACCCCAACCUGGGCGAUGAGUCCGACGUUGAGGAGGAAGCGCUCGUCAACGACUACCGCGAGCAGGUCAAUUUCGACGAUGAAAUGAGUGAUUUGGACCGCACGACAUCGAUUGACGCUGCCUCGCAGGCGCCGGACCUUCAGGCGCAGUUGGCCGCCGCAGCGACCCCGCUGGAAUACCAGGCUACGCUGGAGACCAAGUUUGCGAGCUAUGACAACUAUUGCAAUUUGUUCCAUUACAUCUUGAACUCGGAUGGGCCGGUUGAUUUGGAGGUUCCUUCUUACUACUGGGCUUGGGAUGUUAUCGACGAAUUCAUCUACCAGUUCGAGUCGUUCUGCCGCUACCGCAACCGUGUCGCCCGCAGCGGUUCCAACGAAGAGGAAGCACAGCUCCUGCGGGAGAACCCCAACACAUGGGGCUGCUACUCGGUUCUCAACGUCCUGUACUCCCUUAUCCAGCGUUCGCAGAUCAAUGAGCAAUUGGCCGCUAUGAAGCGGGGCGAAGACCCCAUGACAGUCGCCGGCGAGUACGGUUCCCGCCCGCUGUACAAGAUGCUCGGAUAUUUCUCGAUCAUCGGACUGCUCCGUGUCCAUUGCUUGCUGGGUGACUUCAGCCUUGCCCUCAAGACCCUCGACGAUAUCGAGAUGAAUAAGAAGGCCAUGUUUGCCCGCGUCAUGGCCGCCCACUUCACGACCUACUACUACGUGGGCUUCUCGUACAUGAUGAUGCGCCGGUACGGCGACGCCAUCCGCAUGUUCAGCCACAUCCUGAUCUAUGUCUCGCGCACCAAGAACUUCCAAAAGGGCGGCAACAGCUACGACGCCAUCGCCAAGAAGAACGACCAAAUGUACGCCCUCAUCGCCAUCUGCGUCGCCUUGCACCCCACCCGUCUCGAUGACACCAUCCACUCCGCCCUCCGCGAGAAGUACGGCGACCAGCUCACCCGUCUCCAGCACGGCGGCCCCGAGGCCCUCCCCCUGUUUGAGGAACUCUUCCGCUCCGCCUGCCCCAAGUUCAUCAGCCCCACCCCGCCGGACUUUGACAACCCGGCCGUCAACGUCGAUCCCGUCGACCACCAGACCUCCAUCUUCAUGGACGAGGUCAAGAACACCCUGUUCAACCCCACCAUCCGCUCGUACCUCAAGCUGUACACCACCAUGGACCUCAAGAAGCUUGCCGGUUUCCUCGAAGUCGAGCCUGAGAAGCUCCGCUCAUGGUUGCUGGUCAACAAGCAGCGCAGCCGCCAGAUCCGCUGGGUCGAGGGCGGUCUGCUCGAGGGUGAAGUCGUCAGCGCAAAUGAUCUCGACUACGCCCUGGAGAACGACCUCAUCCACGUCAGCGAGACCAAAGCCGGCCGCCGUCUGGUGGACUGGUACUUGCGGAACCUUGCCCGUGUCUACUAA